AUUGAUUGUGUCAUAAUAAGCUUGGUACUUCCUGGCUUGAUAACUGAUAAGCAUGGAAUAUAAAGCAGUUGUAUUAGAUUUGGACACGGAUCCACUAAAAUCAAGUAUUUUCAAACCUAUUCAUUUCAUUCUUAAAGACUGCAGGGGCUUUGUUAUUUCUUCUCCAUUUAUGGAGUACUCUCUAAUUAACAGUGCCAGCAUUUAGACUGAACUUAAGUAUAUUUUACAAAAUCAAUUGAGUGAAGAAGUAAGCAUAUUUCUAGUUGAUGUAAUGGAAUCCAGUUUACAAAAGGCAAGUCAGGACAAAGUGAUCAAAUGUGUCGUGCUGGGUGAUGGAGCUGUGGGUAAAACUUGUUUACUCAUGGUUUAUGCCAAGGAUCAGUUUCCAGAUACAUACGAUCCAACAGUGUUUGAUAAUUACCAAGUAAAAGUUACAGUAGGAGAGGAUACAUACACAAUAGCUCUAUUUGAUACAGCGGGGCAGGAGGAUUUUGACAGGUUUCGACCAAUGGUGUUCCCAGGCACAGACAUCUUUAUAGUUUGUUACAGUAUUGCUAAUCCAGCCUCCUACUACAAUAUCAGUACAAGAUGGUUUCCUGAAAUCAAGAAGUACUCUUCCACCACACCUAUCCUUAUAGUUGGAACUCAAGUAGAUCUACGGAACGAUGAAGCAACUCUUUUAAAACUGGCGAAACGAAAGGAAAAACCUAUUAGCAAUACAUUAGGGAAAAAUCUAGCAACGGAGCUUGGUGCUGCAUAUUGUGAAUGCUCUGCUCUAACAAGAACAGGAAUAAGAGAAGCGUUCACUGAAGCUAUAGCAAUAGCACUGGGUAGCGAUGAACAUUUAUCAACCAAGAAAACAUUGUGUUCAAAAAUAUGUUCUCUUUUUUAAUAAAUAAUAUUGUUAAAA